AUGAGUAUUCGCUCAGUUGCCCUCGCAGCUCUUGCAGCUCUUGCAGCCACUGUCGAGGUCGUGGCUCAAGAUAUCAACGUCGAUAUCCCACGCAACCUUGCCACGCGACCACUUGUAUCUGAUGUCUACGGCUACUCGAUCGAACCUGUAUGGGUUACCGACUACGUUAGCACGCCCCUAGCUAAGAACCUCCUAAGCGCUAUCGCAAAGGUAACCGGCAAGCCGCCACCGAUUCGUGUUGGCGGCAACACGGCCGAUCAGACUUAUCUACACGACACACUGUCGACCGGGAACGACUCGUUCGCUAUCCCGACCCCCCUCACCGCGAAGCAGUUCAACAUCACGCCGAGCUGGUACGACAGCUGGGCAGACUACUUCCCGGAAGACACCGAUAUCAUCUACACGCUCAACCUCGCCGUCAACGACUCGGCAUGGUCCAUCGCCGUCGCGCAAGCCGAAGCAGCGCACAAGUCCCUCGGCAAGAAGCUCGUGCAGUUCGAGCUCGGCAACGAGAUCGACCACUUCAUCAACAAGCGGUGGCGGGACCAGACCUGGAACGUCAACACGUACAUCGAGCAGUUCCGCAACAUAACGGGCCAGAUCGUCACCUCGGAGUGGUACAAGGCGGCGGCGGACGACAAGCCGACCUUCCAGGCGGGCGUGUUUGCCGACCCGCCGUGGGUGCCGGACCAGCAGGACGAGGUCGACGAUUUUAGCAUCGAGAAUCUGACGCUCGUCGAGAGGGCCGAGGACCGCGAUAUUAUCGGCAGCUAUGCUACGCAUUUGUACCCGCAGUCGACGUGCGAUGGGCCGAGGUGGCUGCGCAUGAGGCUGGAUCUGCUGUCGAACCACACGGUGCUUUGGCAGGGUGAGUUUGGUCUUAACGUUUCCCAAUACGCCCCCCAAGUCGCCGCCGCCGACAAAGCCGGCGCCCCCCUGGUAAUGGGCGAGACCAACUCGGUCUCGUGCAGCGGCAAGAGCGGCAUCAGCGACACCCUGGGCGCGGCCCUCUGGGGCGUCGACUACGUGCUGCUAGGCGCGUCCAUCGGCAUCCGCAAGACGUACUUCCACCUCGGCGCGCAGAGCGAGUACAGCGCGUUCACGCCGAAGCCGUACGGGCUGAAGAACGAGACCCUGGGAGCCGGCAUACGCGCGAAUUGGUACGGGCAUUAUUUCGUGGCCAAGGUGGUUGCUGCGAAGGGAGACGAUGGCGACGGCGACGGCGACGAGUUGAGGAUUGCGGCGCUGCCGGGGGCUAAUAGCAGUACGUUGAGCGGGUAUGCGGUGUAUGCGGGCGACGAGGACAAUGACGAGGACGAGGACGAGGGAGAGCGCUCCUUGAGGAAACUCGUGUUUUUGGAUAUGGGCGUGUGGAACGGCACGCAGGGUCUGAGUAAUAACUCUACGCUGAAGGCGACGGACGGCACGUCCUUCAGCAACGGCACGCGGCCGUCUAGCACCAUCAGGCUGUCGACGCCGUGGGCGGCCGGACGCAAUGUCAGUGUUACGAGGCUGACGGGCCCGGGGACGAAUGCUAAGAGCGGCGUUGCGGUGUCGGGGGUUACGUUUGAUGGGGAGACGGGGGAUGCGGUGGGUGAGGAGGAGGAGGAGGUUGUUGGGGUUGGGGAGGAUGGGGUGCUGGAGGUUAAGAUUAACAGGGCGGAGGGAGUGUUGCUUGAGGUUGUGGACGGGGACGGGGAUGGGGAUGGGGAUGGGAGUAGCAGUGGCUCUGGAGGAGCUGGUAACUCGGGAGCCGCUGGGAAGAAGAGUGCGCUGUGGUCUGGCGUGCUUGUUGCUGUCCGAAGUCGCGCACAAGGACCCUCAGCCAGACGCUCCGCUCCGCUCCAUUGGACCAGCCCAGCCGUGAAGAACCCCAUCACUGCCGCCGUCUCCAUCAUACCUUCUAGCCGCCCGCUGCCCGCCUGUAUCAACCAACCCUCUCCGCAGAAAACGACGAGAGAGAACUGCCAUCUCGGCACGCUACUGCAGCAUGGGAUGGGAUGGGAUGGGCGGGGGUACGUACGUAAAUAUGUCCUCAUAGACUGCAGCAGCCAACCUAUCGGCGACGGACCCAUCUAG